UCGUUUUUGAGAAUUAUGCUUAUUACUGAUGAUCUUGAUCAUGGGAAAUGCUUCCUAACGUGUUUUCUAGACAACCAUUUUCUACAUGUUUAUGUUUUCGUCCUCCAUAACCAAACCCCUUACCCCUUUCUAUUCUUAUGCAAACGAAAUUGAAAUCCCUAAUCAUAACAAAAUCCUUAGCAUCAUCAUAGCCAUAGCCAUGGACUACACCACUUGGCCUGAAUUUCAGCAUGCCCAAACCCAAACCCCAACACUACCCUCUUCAUCUUCAUUAUAUUCAUACUCAUACCCUCCUCUUCCAUCUUCAUCAUCGUACACCGCCAAUUUCGUCCCUUACCCUCAAAACCCUAACCCUCCUUCUUCAAUUCCUCCCAACACUGUUUUAGAACCUGUGGUCAACCCUCCGGGUGUUGAUUCCUAUGUUCCUCCAUUGCCAUUGCCAACAACCCAAGUUGUUGGUGGUCCUGAACAACUUCUUCCCCAAAAUUACUCAUACACCCAAACCCAAACCCAAAUUGUGGGUAAUGACCCUAAUUCGUUGGUGGCUUCUUCUGGGUACUACUAUGAUCCCAAUGCUCAAAAUUGGGGUGAUACUGCUGGAGGAGCUGUUAUACAAUAUGGUUCUGACCCUCUUGCUUAUGGAGAUGUGAUCUCUAUGGCAUCAAAUGGCACAGAACAGUUGGCUGUUGCAAAUACUAAUCCCGCUGCAUGGUGGACCAAUACAGCUAUGCAAGUUCAAGCACAACCUCUUGGCAAUAAUAAAUGGAAGCAGCUGCUGAAGAAGAAACCUAAAACUGUGAAUGUUCAACCUGCAUAUUGCGAAGUUUGCAAGAUAGAUUGCACCAGCAAAGAGGUAUUGGAUCAACAUAAAUUAGGAAAGAAGCACAAGAAGAACGUAGAGAAACUAAGAGAAUUAUUAAGACCACCCCAGCCACAAGUCCAUCCACCGGCCGAUGGGUCAUCUAAUCCGGUUAUAGGGCCACAAUUGUGGAAUAAGUGUAAGAGGAAAUCAAUUGAAACUCCAGAGAAUCUGGAGAAAAAGAAGAAGAAAGUUCUCGAAGGAGGAGCAGCGGCCGCAGCAGUUAAAGUAUGUUCUAUAUGUAAUGUGGUAUGUAAUAGUGAAACAGUUUAUAAUUUCCACCUUCGCGGACAAAAGCAUGCUGCCAUGUUGAAGAAAGCAUCUGAAAAUAUACUAUCCAAUGGAAAAUGAAUUUUUGUUAGUUACUCACUGGAACAUUACUUGUCUUUCUUGUGACAUUAUUUUACAGCGUAUUCAGCAUUUGAGCAA